CAUGUUAAAAUUAAAAGGUAAACAUAUUCCUGUUACUUUUCUUUAAAAAAGUGCAAUCUAUGUUUAUUUUUAGUGUGCUGUUAUCUUAAUUCUUUUUACCGUUACACCACACUAAACUGCCAUUUCAAACCCACCAAACCAGCGCGUAGGCAAACUGCGGAACCAAGCCCGCCAGCACAAAGAAAUGAUCCACUUUCAUGAUAGCUGUAACCUUGAGGUUCUGAAGGAAACAAAACCAAAGUGAAUUAAUAUGUUUGCCUCAUAAUUUCAAAGAGUCAUCAAUAUAAAAGCCAUGAAGGUGCUGCCCAGCAAGGUAUUUGUUUUUUACCUGUUGCAGCAGCACUAUGGAGUGUGCUGCACCCCUGGUUGAAGCAGUAAGUUGCAUGUAAAGCUUUACUAGAAGCACUGCUGUUAGUAUAGCUACAGGCAUGCAGUAUACUAUAUGUUAAUAUGUACAGCUGACCCUGUCUCUCACUGUAUUGCAGCGCUGUUUCUUUGGGAGGGCAAGAAGAUGAAAAGAAUAGUCAGGUAGUUAAUGCUGUCUUCGUUUACUAUAGGAUCUUGGUCAGCUGAGUGAGACAGCAACAUAAUAUGCAGUCUUAGUUAAAUCUGGCAUCAUGGCUGGCUGAGAGUGGCUUCAUGAUUUAUAAUUCUAAGUGUACAAAACAAUCUCCAGAUGGUCUAAGAACUGCAGCAAUCCUGCAGACAAAGUUGUAAAGAUAAGGUUCCCUGGCCACACCUUGUGCUGCUCUUGUAAAACGUGCUUUGAGAAUGGAAUGCAAAGCUGCUUGGAUUCUCUGUUUGUGCUAUCAAAGUUCUGCAUUGUCAUCAAAUACAAACACAAAUCAACACUUGGGAGACAUCCAGCACAGUGAAAGACUUGCUUCUUCAUUUCCGAGUACUGAACUUCUUUGCAGAUGUAAUAACCCCAGACUUCAGGGAAACUGCUUUUUUAAGCUUCACUGACCUGACUCCCUCACAAACUGUGCAGCCAGGUGGGCAGGCUGAUUGGACACGAAGAAGGUGUGUUACUUGGAAGAAGAGGCGUCUGUCUCAGUCAUCAGCCAAUCAGAUCAAACGGGAGUCUAGAAAUUGGGAGUUAUUGCAACAGGAAAGCCAGUCCCUCCUGCUGUGAAUCGGAUUGUCCUGUCUACACUAACAGCAGCAGAUCUGUCCUGUCUACAGUGCAGCAGCAGGUCUGUCCUGUCUACACCAACAGCAGCAGGUCUGUCCUGUCUACAGUGCAGCAGCAGGUCUGUCCUGUCUACAGUGCAGCAGCAGUAGGUCUGUCCUGUCUACAGUGCAGCAGCAGUAGGUCUGUCCUGUCUACAGUGCAGCAGCAGUAGGUCUGUCCUGUCUACACCAACAGCAGCAGGUCUGUCCUGUCUACAGCGCAGCAGCAGGGCUCGUGAGGGGAUGUCAGCACUGCGCUCCACAGGGUCACUUUCCAGGAGGAAUACUUCAAUGGUAUGAAACUAGCAAGAGUCAGGAAGCAGGACUAGCCUAUAAACUGGGAGACACCUUGAGUUAUCCAUCAGCUGAGACCCUCUAGAACUAAUAAGACCCCGUGUGAUGUCCACUUAACCCACACCUGAAGACACGUAGCAGAUCCCAGACAGACGCUGAGGCUGCAGGUGAGAAACCACAAGAGGGCAGACAUCCAGGAGACUCCAAGAAGGUGCUUAUCAAGGUCCAUCAUAACGGGGCGAGGGCAGACGACGCGUGGAGAGCUUCUAGAGAAGCAUGUCUGUGGUGAAUGACACCAGGCUGGAGUCCCUGCUGGCCUCACUGCUCCAGGAGUACCUGAACAGGACAGCAUCGGAGGUCACAGCGAAUCCACAGGACGAGAGCAUGGGGACCGUGUACAUCCUGCUCAUGAUGGGCUUAUUCGGCUUCUUCACCUUCAUCAUCAUGCUCAGGUACAUCCGCUCCAAGAAGCUGGAGCACUCCCACGACCCCUUCAACCUGUACAUCGCCAACAACUGGACCGCGGGCAACUCCGCCUUGACCCACAUCAACACCAGCAUCUCCAACACCAGCAACAGCGGCUGGGUCAUCUCCAACCACAUGGUGACAGGAGGGGCCAGCCGGCACAUCCCUGGGUGACCAGCAGGGAGAAGGGUGUGUGUGUGUCUCUGGACACUGAGAAGCAACCUUGAUUUGCUGCUUCAAAGCACAUACAGAGCAGCUGAUUUUGUACCACUAUGUGUGUGUCUGUGUGUGUUUGUCUCUGUAUCUGUGUUUGCAUUUCUAUGUGUGUGCGUGCAUCUGUGUGUUUGUGAAGAGAGUGGAACACAAAACAGGACGAUAACUAAUUUCCUCUAAUAAAGAAAGACCACUACAGCGGUUGGAAUCCCAUCACACUCAAAACAUUAAAUGGCCUGUUUUCUAAAAUGUGCAGUUGUAUUUUACUUUCACACAGGUUGGUGGAAAUCACAUUUUGAUGUAAUGGCCUUCAAGCCAUCUCUACAGAUUAGAAAUGUGAAGGCACGGCUUAUCUUCUGAAGUCACAGCAGACUCUUCUAUUACAAGUUCUAUUGGUUAGGACUCUAUGGGCAGGAUUUUCAAAAGCAGUGUUAUGAUAUCGAGCUGGUAUAGUAACGAAAGCUCAUCAGUAACA